GGCACUUCGGGGUUUGUCUGGGACGCGUGCAGAUGGCAGGAGAGGAGCCGGGGUCCUGCAGUGAGGCUGGUCCUGGUGGCUCGCUGCAGCUCACCUGGGGUUGGGGCAAAGCAGGAACCCAGGGUCAGCUCUCCCACUGCCCAGCCAGCACCCUUCUUCUGGCCUCCCCCUUAUUUAUUUCCCUUAUCCCUCUUCUCUCCUUUUAGAGGAAGAAGCAAAUAAUGGGGAAUAAAAAAACCUUUUAGAAUCAGUUACUGUAAUAUAGGCAGAAUAAAUGUUAUGUCAAACCACGGGCUGGAACAGAAAUAGACCUGCAGUCAGGUAACGUGCCUCAAACAGGAACCCCGGGGGUUCCUGCGCCACGCUUUCCCUUACCAGAGAUGACGAUUCCUACUUUGAUAUCGGGGUGAUCUUGGGGUGUGCUUCCUAAAAAACUGGCGCUGCUCGCAUACGUGUCUUGGUGAAAAAGGAAAAUGCUGCCUGCUGGAGUGACAGCGGGCGUUUUUGUCUCUGAAAUACAGAUGAAGAAAAGCCUCCGACGGGCCUUUGAGAGUCAUGUGAGCCGGUCUGUAAACUUGGGAGCUAUUCAUUGACUGUGUAUGAGCACAGUGGAAAAAGGAAGUUCACUUCACACCACAGUUUCCUUAGUGUGUUUUUUUUCCUCCCACAAAUAGAUUUUGUGUGAAGAAUCACUGCGGCAGAGCGCAGGACAUUGAUUUUUAUCUAUUUCCAAUUAAAUUGAAAGCACUCCUGUGAAUAGAAAGCUCGUUUGUAUGUGCUAUCUUCCACAAGAAAUUCACGGGCGGUUGGAUAAUCCUUGUGUAUCUGUACCUGUUUAUCUGUUUCCUCGUGCAUGGCUCUUGCAACUGGAGCUUGUCUUGAGGAUAUUGAGGCUGCGCAGUGAAAUUUUCCAUCUCAGUCAGUCACUGGCCGUCAGAGUCGAGCACUGUCCUCCCUUGGCAAACACAAGACUUCUUCCCUGACUGUGACUCUGAGGCCUGUUAUCCCAAGACCCUGCAAUCCAGUUUGCAGAAAUCUUGCCAAAAUUAACUGCUAAGCUGGGGAAAUGGGAAAAAUGUGACUUGUGUGCAAGCGGAUCUCAGCCUCUGAACAAAAAAUGGUGUUGGGUUGGAUCUUGAGGUCUGAGUCCAUGCCCGGGGAAGGUUUGAGCUUGCUGCCAUGGGUGUCCGUGGGGGAAAACUCCCUCCUCCCAGGGCAGCAGCACCGGCGAUUCCUUUCUCUUCGUGUGUUGGCAUAACUGGUGUUUGUCUGUAAUUUGCUCUUCCCCCAGAAUUUACGGAUCUCAGCUGGGAGCAGCUGCAGCUGGGUGGGGUGAAGCCCUAAUUGUGCUCCGAACUGUCCUCGUAUUUAUUUUCUAUUCACACAUUUUAAAAAAAAAAAUGAAAAAGGAGGCAAAGCCUUUCUAAAUCAUUUUCGAAGUUACAAAACGCCUGCCAGACUCUGGAUGGUGGCUGUUUGUAUUGUGGGAAAGCCCGGAGGCUUCGGCUGCGCUGGGGCCCCAUUGUGCAAGCCUCUAGCGAGGGGCUCGCAGCCCGACAGGCUCGUGAUUUACGCAGCCUUCCUGUCCCCACGCUGUUGCUUUCUUUAGACUGCACGGGCAGAGAAAUGUGUUUUCCUCGACGUUGACAUAACUGAGAUAGCGCGUACCUGCAGCCCGUGUGCAGGAGGAGUUGGUGUCCCGUGCAGGUCCUGUUCUGUUCCAGUGCUGCUGUCACCACCGGGGGCUGUGCUACAGUAGGUCAAAUAAAAAGGAAACGGAUUGCAGCCCCCACAAAAUAAUUGCACCCAUGUGAAAUCUGCACCCUCUGGAGCAUGAACACGGGAGGACAGCACGGAGGUGCAGAGAAGGGGAAGGAGCUGCUGGAAAUCCUGAGAGCUCUGGCUCCGGAGCAGCUGUGCUGACCCCAGUGCCCUUUGCUGUGUUUUUGGAGGGGCGGUUUUUAGUCUGUACUGCCUUCGUUCUUGAGAGUUGUUCACAGACCCCGAAAUACCCUCUUGGAGGGUUGUUCUGCCAUGUGCCUUGUUGUCAGCCUGGAAUUUGCAGGUGUGGGCACGCGGUGGUUGUCCUGAAGUGAGGAGAAGUGAAGAGGCUGCUCAGUGCAGACCCGUCUGUGGCUUCUGUCUGUGCCACCAGCGCUGCCCACAUCAGCAAAGCGCCUGGCAUGGAGCAAACUUCACAGGAUUUGAUUUCUCCAUAAUCACAGUGGUGUUCAGUGGUGUGGUAACAGGAAGACUAAAUCUGCCUCACAAUACGGGCGUGCGGAAUUAUCACGGAGCUGGGACGAUCCGUGGGGAGCCGGGAGCCAGCAAAUCAUCUCAGCACCUAAAUGAGGCGUUAAGUCUGAUCUCUUGCUGUCUGUCUGAAACUUCGCCAGGGAGCACUUAACAGAAAUGGCAGAAAAGGUGAAUAACUUCCCACCGCUCCCCAAGUUUAUCCCUCUGAAGCCAUGUUUCUACCAGAAUUUUGCGGAUGAAAUACCCAUCGAUUAUCAGGCCCUGGUGAAGAGAAUCUACCAUGUAUGGAUCUUUUACUGCAUCACGCUAGUAGUGAAUAUAAUUGCGUGCCUGGCCUGGUGGAUCGGAGGAGGCUCUGGGGUCAAUUUUGGCUUGGCCAUCCUCUGGCUUAUUCUCUUCAGUCCCUGUGGCUACGUCUGCUGGUUCCGCCCGGCGUACAAAGCCUUUCGGUCAGACAGCUCGUUUAAUUUUAUGGCUUUUUUCUUCAUCUUCGGCGCACAGUUUCUUCUCACGGUCCUGCAGGCGAUCGGUUUCUCUGGAUGGGGAGCUUGCGGGUGGUUGGCAGCAAUUACUUUCUUUAGCACCAACGUUGCAUCUGCUGUGUUCAUGCUGUUUCCUGCCAUUAUGUUUACAAUGUCAGCGGUCACAAUGCUCAUCUGCAUUUUAAGGGUUCACAAGAUCUACCGAGGGGCUGGUGGAAGCUUUCAGAAAGCUCAGGACGAGUGGAACAGCGGUGCAUGGAGGAACCCCCCCAGCAGGGAGGCCCAGUACAGCAAUUUUUCUGGGAACAGCCUGCCGGAGUAUCCCACAGUGCCCAACUAUCCCCCGGGAAACCAAUGGCCUUAAGCAGCAACAGCUGCAAAUUGCCUGGAUUCUCUUCUUUUUUGGUCCUUUUAUUAUUGUUAUUUGAAAAGAUCAUUUGCAUUCCCCUACACGUACCCCAGUCUUCAUGGGGACUUUCUUGUUUUUUUGUCUCCUCAUCACUGCAGAAGAUGUGUGCUGUCAGCCCACGCCACCUCAGGAGCUCUGCACGGCCUUAUCAGAAGGAUAGUUUUUGUUUGUUUCUGUUGUUACCAGUAUUUGCCUUGUUGCAGACUGAGGAACCAACCGUUCACUGCCCUUGCUUGAGGACUGCUCUCAUGACCAUAUGUGCAGAAGGCUGGCUUCCCCGUGACGGUGAACACUACCAGAACUGCUCCUUCUCCUGCCUCCCCGCUUAGUUUUCAUCACAUGCACAGCACACCGCCAAAUCGUCUGUAGUUGUAGCAAACACAAUCAGAGCAUUAGUAGCAACCGGUGUUUGCUCUCCCGGAUGAAUGAUCUGGAAUUUUUCACUCAAAGGGAAAUGCAACACCUGAAUUAUCUGGUACUAGUGAUAUUGAAGGUAUUUGUAAAAUCUACAGCUUCAUUUGCUUGCGCUCUCUGGUGAAGAAUCCUUUAGAUAACAGCGCUUGCUGCGGGUGAGUGCUGUUCAGAUACUAAGUCCACAAGAGUCCUCAUUUGCCUGGCUAUAGAACUAUUGUUAUGAUAGAAGUCUUGCUUUCCCUGCCACCAAAAGUUUUUGCUAGAUCCGUGUGCUGCAGAGAUGCAAAUUCAUCUCAUUUUGUGAAACUGACUGCUCACUAAAAGCCUGAUUCAAAGCCCACUGGAAACUAUUGAAAAGCUGACUGCUGUUGGGCUUUGGACCUGGCUGCCUGGGUGACGUUCACCCCUUUCCAGGCAGGCAGCGCAAGAUCUCUGUGCCAUCUAAAUUCCAGGUACGUGGCGUCAGGAUUUUUGUGCUGACCCAAUACAUGCCGUACUGGACACGCCUUGUCCUGUUGGGACACCUUUUUUUUCUGGGCUCCUGGCCAGUAGCUGGGUGCCAGCUAACUAUUGAUCUCAGUGCUGGGGCCCCAGCGUGGUUUGGGAGUAAUUCCAUUACAACUGAUAAAUUGAAUUCUGCCUUCUACCGACGCAGUUAAAAUCCAACCGCUCUGCAGUGAGUUGUCUCAGAAAGCUCGUUAGUCCUCGUAGCUGACGCUAGCUGUGCAGAGCUGGUACGUGGCUGCGUCGCCAGCAGUGAUUUCCUUCCCUGUACGAGCAGGGGGAGAGAGGUUCUUGCCUUUCCCCAGGAAUCAGCUGAAGAGAGGAUAAAGCUGUUGGGAGGGGUUGUUUCCCCUGAGAGCUAGCAUUAGUCUCAUCGCUCAUCUUCAUCUCAUGCAUGUACAUCAGGACUCCUGGAGCCUGAGCCAUCCAAUUCCCCUGUGUCCUAAAACGAUCCAAGCAGCAAAGGCUGCAGUCUUUUCCUUUCCUUCAACAGCCUGCUAUGAACUUUCUCAAACCUGUUAGAACUGGGAGCUCGGUUCCCAAUAUUUUUAUAGGGAGUUGAGUGUUCAAUGUUUGCAGCUCUGGGAAUUUCAAUGGACAGAGAAGGGCAGAGUGCUCCAGUUUGGAGACUUGAGAGGUGUGGGGCACCCUGAGAGUCAGGCCCAGAGCCUGGCCAGUUGUAGGAGGUGACACCAGAGGCGUUACACUGGAAGUGGAGUCACUCCAUGUCCACACUAAAUAACUGGAAAGCAAAAUUGGCUCCUGGAAAGGGGCAGGGAGGUUGUCCUUGCUAGGUGGAACUGAUUUGCAAGUGAUCUUUUGAAAACUGUCUCUACAUGUGCCUUAUCUAAUAAAAUGUUAGUUCAUGAAGGAGAACUUUUCCUUCCCCAUCCCCCAGGCAAAACUUCCCAUUCACUCUAUUAACUUUUCCCGUGUCCUACUGUAAAUACUAAGUGAAGUACAGCUUGGAGUCUGCAUGACACCUUUGUUACUAGGGCCAAAGCAAAAGCAAACAUUAAUGGGAGGUCAGAGCCUCCUCGAACUUCAGUUUACAAGCAGCACUGACCCCCUGCUGCAGAGCCAGCCUUUUGCUGGCUCUGGCUCAUGCUCCAAACACAAGGUUGUUUUUUUCUUGCGAGUGUGCAAUGUGCUUGUAAGUACAAAUGCUCGAUGCCUUCAUUAAUAGAAUACAACCCGGUCGUGUUGUCAAGCUUUUAGGUGCCUUUGUCUUGUGUCAAGUGAAAUGUUAAGUGUUCUUUGUCGCUUGCCAUCAGAGAGUGAUAAAAGAACUGCCUGUUGAAGAACUCCCUGGAAAUACGAUUUCACUGCAGGGGAGCAAGGUGAGGUGAAUGGGGCCGCACUCGAGGGUGGCCAUGCUGGGGGCCCAGACAUGGGGUGCCCGUGCAGCACGCUCCUCUGGCUCUGACCCCUGCCAUCCUCGGCCUUUUGCCAAAUUUUUUUCAGCAGUAGUUGUGGUCUUUUUUAGUGUUUCAGGUUGAAGAUUUCAAUUGAACCAAGAGGAGAAGCGUUGCCAGGGGGCUCUUGAGUCCAGCUUCUCUUUCUCCCCUUGGAUAACCCGGGGGUCUCUUUUAAAGCACCCAUCCUCACAUUUCCAACCUUCUUGAUGCAGUGAGGGGUGUGUACUUAGGAGCCUGCAAACCAAAAUGGUUGGAGGCAGACACCAAUGUCAUGAUCCAUUAGCAAACACUGCCUGGGAUUUCUAAAGAGCUUAAAUGAAACCUCCCAGGACGGGAGCUGCCAUCUCCAAGCACAUCGCCCCCCUCCAUCCUCUUCGAUGCCAGAAACCGUAAUUCCAGAAAGUUGACUCAACACACUGCCUGAACUGCUGUGGCUUUUUUUUUUUUUUUUCCGACUCCUCUGUAUGUUUUUUAAUGUUUACAUUAGAUUUCUAAGACUCUUUAACACCAUUAACCUGGACCUGGCUCCUGUUUUCAUUCGGCAUCAUGCGGCAUGUACGUGUGUGAUGUUUCGUGUCACUUGUGGGGCUCUGGUUUUUGUUUGUGUUUUUCUUCUGAUCACAAGACAAUAAAUGCUCAUCCUGUGCUUGAUGAGAAGAACUGGC